CGGGGCAGAGGCAGAAACUGCGACUGCCGCGAAAUCUCUGGACAUUCUUUGGUGAAGAUGAGCAAGCGCAGAUCCGCCGCUCUCACUGAAGCUCAGUGUGUGUCUCUGGCUCAGAAGCUCCUAAGAGAGAGACUGUGUCAUCAGAAGCUCCCGGAUCAGCCCUCGGGUCUGGACUCACAGCACAAGCACUUGCUGGAGCUGUUGAGACGCACUGCUGUUCAUGGAGAGAGUAACUCUGUCCUCAUCGUUGGUCCUCGAGGAUCGGGUAAAACUAUGCUGCUGGGUUGUGUCCUCAGAGAGCUCAUGAGUCUGAAGGAAGUGCAGAAGAACGUUCUUCUAGUGGAGCUCAACGGUCUUCUGCAGACGGACGACAAAAUCGCCCUUAAGGAAAUCACUCGCCAGCUGCACCUGGAGAACGUCGUAGGAGACAAAGUGUUUGGGAGUUUUGCAGAGAAUCUGGCUUUUCUUCUGGAAGCUCUCAAGAAAGGUGACCGGAGCAGCAGUCGUCCUGUGCUGUUCCUGCUGGAUGAGUUUGAUCUGUUCGCUCAUCAUAAGAACCAGACGCUGCUGUAUAACCUGCUGGACGUGUCCCAGUCUGCGCAGACGCCCGUCGCUGUGGUGGGACUGACCUGCAGACUGGACGUGCUGGAGCUGCUGGAGAAGCGAGUGAAGUCUCGGUUCUCUCACAGACAGGUUCAUCUCUUCAGCUCGCUCUCCUUCGCUCAGUAUAUGGAUGUGGUUCUCGAUCAGCUCCGUCUGCCUCAGGACUUCCCGGACCACAGGUUCUCCACCGAGUGGAACCGCAGCAUCACGAAAUUAUGUGAAGAUAAGUGUGUUGAGGAGGUUUUGAAGAGGAACUUUAACUCCAGUAAAGAUCUCCGCUCUCUGCAUUCGCUGCUGUUUCUGGCUGUGAGUCGAGUGUGUGUGUCUCAUUCGACCCUCCGUGAGUCUGAUCUGCUGGAGGCCAGUCGCCUGAUCUCAGCCGACUCGAAAGCAAACGUCCUUCACGGUCUGUCUAUUCUAGAGCUGUGUUUGAUUAUUGCUAUGAAACAUCUGAAUGACACUUAUGAUGGAGAACCCUUCAAUUUCCAGAUGGUUCAUAACGAGUUUAAGAAGUUCAUUCAGAGGAAGUCUCACUCCAUCCAUAAGUUUGAGCAGCCUGUGGUGAUGAAGGCAUUUGAGCAUCUCCUGCAGCUGGAGCUGGUUCGUCCUGUAGACUCAGGUGUGUGUAAAGUCCAGCGUGAGUAUCAGCUGAUGAAGCUGAUGCUGGAACACACUCAGGUGAUGGAGGCGCUGCAGAAAUACCCACAAUGCCCCACAGACGUCAAGCAGUGGGCGCUCUCGGCCUUCGGCUGACACCGCCCUCUUUAACUGCUCAAAUAUGCAUUUUGUAAAAUGCAUUUGUAUAGUUUAUAUUUGCAAUAAAAAAUAAGUUAAUAUAAUUGC